AGGAGAGUAUCAAUGAAAAACGUUUAAGUAUCCUUUUCUGAUGACACCAGGACAAAUUUGAAGUGUUGGCGCAGGUCAUACUUGAGUUAGCAUCGGAACCAAUUUAGAAUCUGGCACCCUCUUACCCCCCAGAUGGUGGUGUUUCAUUUUUCUGCCUUACUCGUUUGCUCACCAAUACAAGGACGGAAUCUGGAUGAGGGCAGCACAGGAAAUGCUAAGAAAGCGAUUUAAAUUGGUAAGGAAAACAUCACAGCUCUGCUCCAAUAGGAAGUAAAAAGGAGAGAGAAAGAAGGGAAAAUGCAAGAAGAGAAAGUAUCCUGAUAUCAGGAAGAGGAAGAAAUAAUAUGAAGAGAAGUUAAAAAGCUGGAGGCAGUUUUGACGUAAAUUGAAAAGCAAUAUAGAUGAUGUGAAAAUGCUUGGCUUUGACAAAGUAGAAAUGGAGAGCGUUAAAACUGUAAAGCAUCACUGUCGUUUAGGUGUCUGUCUUUUUUCUUUUAGGUACCUGAGUUUUUAAGUGUUUAACCUUGGACUUCCAUUGCUCUCAUUGAUCUUUUUGGGGGGUUUGUCUUGGACUUUGUUUAGCCAUCUUUGUAUGUGAAGGGGGUAGCGCCCACAUGGGGUAAUAGUUGUUGGUGUUGGCUUGCUGAAAGUACAGUACACUGGAUUGCUUCAGGUCUUUUUCAUUAAAACAAGCACCCGUGUUCUUUUGUCAGGUUUUAAAACAGCAAUGACAGGCCAUUUCCAGGGUUUGGUAUAGUGAGGGCAUUCUGAGGAGAGAUGUCUGAGAACACGUGGGGGCUGAAGAGGCGGAGCUUACACAUACACUCCAGGUCUCUGCAUAGUCCCUGCCACCAUGCCCUCCACCUGGUCUCCGAGUGCCCUCUCCUUCAGAUCCUCAAGGCUGCCUGGGGAGAACUGCUCCCUGCUCCGGGGGCAGUCAGGGUCCCUGGGUGUGGGGUGCAGCUGAAGCCACAAGCUCCAGUGAGACCAGGAGUCCCCGCCGGGCCAGGGCCCCGUGAGGGCCGAGGGCCUGAGGUGCUGGCAGCGCCUUCCCGUCCGCGUGGACACCUUCCUUUCCUUGGGCGAGCACGCAGCUCUGGACCGGCUUGUUUUGUUUCUCUCUGCUCUAAGACGUCUCUUUUCUCUUGGGCAGAAGUAAGCACUCUAAAGGAUCUCUUCGGACUCGCCAGCACGGAGCAUGACCUCUCAAUGGCCAAAUAUAGCAGGCUUCCUAAAAAGAAGGAGAAUGAAAAGGUGAAGACUGAGGUGGUGAAGGAGGUGGCGGCUGCCCGGCGGAAACAGCACCUUUCGUCCCUUCAGUACUACUGCGCCCUCAACGCACUGCAGUACAGGAAGCGCAUGGCCAUGAUGGAGCCCAUGCUGGGCUUCGCCCACGGACAGAUUAACUUUUUUAAGAAGGGAGCAGCGAUGUUUUCCCAAAGCAUGGACAACUUCUUAUCCUCCGUGUCGGACAUGGUUCAGAGCAUUCAGGUGGAACUGGAAGCCGAAGCAGAAAAGAUGAGGGUGUCCCAGCAAGAGCUACUUUCUGUGGACGAAUCUGUUUACACGCCAGACUUCGAUGUGGCUGCACCACAGAUCAACAGGAACCUCAUCCAGAAGGCCGGUUACCUUAACCUUAGGAGUAAAACAGGACUGGUCACCACCUCCUGGGAGCGGCUUUACUUCUUCACCCAAGGCGGGAACCUCAUGUGCCAGCCCAGGGGAGCCGUGGCUGGCGGCCUGAUCCAGGACCUGGACAACUGCUCCGUGAUGGCGGUGGAUUGUGAAGACCGGCGCUACUGCUUCCAGAUCACCACCCCCAAUGGGAAAUCGGGAAUAAUCCUCCAGGCAGAAAGCAGAAAGGAGAAUGAAGAGUGGAUCUGUGCGAUCAACAACAUCUCCAGGCAGAUCUACCUGACUGACAACCCCGAGGCAGUCGCCAUCAAGCUGAAUGAGACGGCUCUCCAAGCAGUGACUCCCAUUACAAGUUUUAGGAAAAAACAAGAAAACUCAUGCCCCAGCCAGAACCUGGAAAAUUCAGAGGUGAAAAAUGACAACACUGUUCCCAAAGCGACCGUCAGUGUACCUGAAGCUGAAGAACUAAUUGCGCCUGGAACACCCAUUCAGUUCGAUAUUGUACUUCCUGCUACAGAAUUCCUUGAUCAGAACAGAGGGAGCAGGCGUAUGAACCCUUUUGGUGAGACUGAGGAUGAUGCAUUUCCAGAGGCAGAAGAUUCUCUUUUGCAACAGAUGUUUAUAGUCCGGUUUUUGGGAUCGAUGGCAGUUAAAACAGACGGCACUACCGAAGUGAUUUAUGAGGCGAUGAGACAAGUGUUGGCAGCACGGGCUAUUCAUAACAUCUUCCGUAUGACCGAAUCCCACCUGAUGGUCACCAGUCAGAUGCUGAGGUUAAUAGACCCUCAGACUCAAGUAUCCAGAGCCAAUUUUGAGCUCACCAGUGUCACCCAGUUCGCUGCUCAUCAAGAAAACAAGAGACUGGUUGGCUUUGUGGUCCGCUUGCCUGAAUCCACAGGUGGAGAGUCUCUGAGCACUUACGUUUUUGAAAGCAACUCAGAAGGCGAAAAGAUAUGUUAUGCUAUUAAUUUGGGAAAAGAAAUCAAUGAGGUUCAAAAGGAUCCAGAAGCAUUGGCUCAAUUAAUGCUGUCCAUACCACUAACCAAUGAUGGAAAAUAUGUACUAUUAAACGAUCAACCAGAGGACAAUGAUGGAAGUCCACGUGAAAAUGCAGGCGCAGAAUCUGAAGCAUAACUCUUGCGCUUUUGGGGGAAGAGCACCCAAGAAGGAGAGCUACCUCCUUAAGGGUUUUCAACUUCUCUGAUACACAGGCCCACGAACUGAUUUCAGAACGCUGACAAUCGCUUGUGGAAUGGACUCUCGAUGCCUUGGUACUGAGACUUGGGAGGGAAACAGUAAGAAAUGGUUGACAACAUUUCUACCCAUCUACAAAUGUUAUUUUAGGUGCUUUGUGGUAAGUCCUUUUCUUAGAUUAUUAUUCAGCGCUCAGAAUGAAAGUUAUGAGAAAAUGCAUCGUUCGCUGUAUUUGAAUGUCAUCUUUUUUCCGUUUCCAGUAUCCGUUUUUAAAAAUGGCAAAAGCCUAGAUUUAUAAUUAAACACUAAAUAUUUCCUAUUAAUAUACUCUAUUUUUGUAUUUUACUUAAUAAGCUUUAAGUGCCUGUCAUUCUGAAAAUUGUGUCUUUAUGAUCAAGCUUCUCAUAAUGGGACCUAAUAAGCAUUAACCUGUGCCGUUAGGUGACGAGCCCUGCUCUGAGGCUCGAGCACCAGCAGCAGUGCGGGUCUGGUUUUGGUCACUGUUCCAGGCAUCAUGCAAUACAAACUAGAUGAGUCCCACAAAAGAUGUUCAGUUUUACAGUGGAUCCUUAAUGAACCAGCGAUCACAAGUUUACGAUCCUUUAGAUGUUACUGUUUUUAGUGGUGGAUCACCAUGAACAGCUCUGCCAGGUCCCGUUUCUUCUGAGCCAGACCCUCCUCAAGGAAGGGGCCAAUCCAUUUUAAAACUCCCUUGAAGAACAGUUGGUUUAAAGUUCCUAUUUCCACUCUGGCAUCCCAGCCCCUCCACCAUUCCCUCCUACCCAUGGAAUAAGUAUAAUGAUCUUGAAUUGGUACAGUGUGUUUAAUUAUAACCAAGUUCAACAGAAUGUUAUUGUCUUUGUAAUAAAUUAACCUAGCAGUAAAUGCUAGCAAAUAAAAUCUAUCAUUCUGUUU